GUCAGGGAUGCGGAAGUGCCGUGGGAUCAGGGCGGCUGGCAGGCGCAAUCAGUCGAGCGCCGAGUGUAGGGUUCCAGCAUGGACAGGCCAAGCGACAGUGGACGUGCCGUAACGUUGCCAGACCGGGCAGUGCCAGCCUCCCCUUUGGUGCUUGUUCACUUAGACCUGAAGGGGGCGCCUCCUAAGGUCUCCUACUUGGCUGAGGUCCUGCCUCUGUUUUCAGCACUGGGAGCGACCGGGCUGCUUAUAGAAUACGAAGAUACAUUCCCUUACUAUGGCGAGCUCUUGCCUCUCCGGGCGCCCCACGCGUACAGCCCUCAGGAGAUCAGAGAGAUAUUGCGAUUGGCACAGAGCUGCCAGUUGGAGGUCAUUCCCCUGGUGCAAACCUUCGGGCACAUGGAGUUCGUGCUGAAACACAAGGAGUUCGCUCACCUGAGGGAGGUCGAGGCCUUUCCAAACACCCUGAACCCACACAAAGAACAAUCUCUGCCUCUGGUUCAAGCCAUGAUUGGCCAAGUAAUGGAGUUACAUCCUGAUGCCCGCUGGCUCCACGUUGGCUCAGAUGAGGUGUAUUGCCUCGGAGAGGGCAAUGAGUCCAAGGAAAUCAUGGCCAAUACCCAAAUCACAGUCGAGGAAAUCUUUUUACACCAUUUAAAGUCUGUGACAUCACACGUUGCCUCCACUUUCCCAGGGGUCCGACCAAUUGCGUGGGACGACAUGAUUCGUGCCGCCAACGAACAGGCGCUGACAGAGUCAGGGGUGGCGCCUCUGGUGGAACUGAUGUUAUGGGACUACAGUCCAGACCUGGAUGUUGACAAUAAAGUUGCUACGGUGGCUAAAUACAAGCAGAGCGGUUUCCAGAAGAUAUGGUUCGCCAGCGCUUUCAAAGGGGCCACCGGAGUGAGGGAACAGCUCACCAGUAUCAACCAUCAUCUGGGAAACAACAGCCAGUGGCUAAAAGUGGCAGGGAAGAUACCGAAGGAGCUGCUACAGGGAAUAGCGCUAACGGGCUGGCAGAGGUACGACCAUUUCUCAGUGCUGUGUGAGCUGCUGCCUGUGGCUCUUCCUUCUGUGGCUGUUUGUCUGCAGUUCCUCAAGCAUGGUGAAUAUUCCGACCAGGUGAUGGAGCAAGUCAAAAGCUUCUUGGGAAUGACAGAACUGGAAAAUUUAGCAAGCAAGUGCAGCGGCUCGUUCCCAGGCAGCAAAGUCUUCUCCCUUAUUACUCAGCUCAUGUGUAACCUAAGGCCGGAACUGAAUGAGUUACUGGGAGAGAACAGGUAUGUUGCCGGCUGGUUUAGCCCGUACCACAGGAGGAUAAAUGUCAUUAGCCCUUUGAUGGUGCAGGAGAUCCAACCAGCCACCACGAGCCUGAUGUCCCGCUGGCAGACCCUCCAUGAUGAACUGCAAAAUGAGCUGCUGCAGAUCUACCCCCCCAGCGCCGUAGCGGAAUGGAUGGAGGUGAAUGUCCUGCCCUGGUACCUGCAGCUUAAGAAGUUGGCUGAAGAGCUAAAUGCUGCGCUGCAGAACCCGCUCUAGGGUCCUUCCGGCACAGUCACCCAGCGCCUUGUUCCCACCAGAGACGGUUCCACACGUUUUGUAUGAAGGAAAUCCGAUUGGAGUGAAAUCCAUUAUCAGUCAGUAGUGUGAAUGAGGCCCUGGCACCUUACACUAUUACCUGUAGCAUCACAGCUAUUUAGCCACGCCCUCUUCCGGAAUUUGCACUUUCACUUUAUGUCCCUCGUCCGAUGGGGUUUUUUAUUUUAUUUAUACUGUCAAUAUAAAUAAAAUGUCAUUGGCCAUUUCCGUUAUUAAGGUUUACAGUGGGAAUGUCAUUUGUGUUCCUCGUUAUGUCCAGAGGCUAAUUCUUUUUGAUGUAAAAAAAAGAGAUUUGAAAUGAUUUUAUGCUUUUUUACAUCAUCAUUCCAGAAAGGGCUCCUUCAUGCACUGAAUGUUAUACACUAAAACUGCUCUGUGGGUCGUGAUAUCCUUUGUGUCAAUGUGAAGACAAGAGUACAGGUACGGGACCUGUUAUCCACAAUGCUAGGGAACUAGGGUUUUCUGUAUUCGGGAUCUUUCCAUAAUUUGGAUCUCCAUACCUUGAGUCUACUAAUAAAUGAUUAAAAACAUGAAA